AUGGGGACAGGGCUCAGUGGGGCAGGGAGUGAAUGGAGAGGGGGGGAAAACGCGAUCCCCUCGGGGCUGCGACCGCCACGAAGGGGGCAGACACAGGCGGGGACGCUGCCCAGCCGGGCCAAGGCCCUCCUGGCCCCGCAGCCCCCGGGGCCGGGCCGGGGCUCCGGGCGGAGCUGCCGGCGGUGCCGCAUUCCGGAGAAGCCGCCUCCGCCGGCGGCCGGUGCCAGCAGGCGCUGGCAGACCGGGCGGGGGAGGGGGCGGCUCUGCAGCCCCCGGGGCGCCGGGGAUCGCUGCCAGCCCGGCCCGCCCCGGCCGCGGCUCCGGGGACCGCCGGGACCUCCCGGUUCCUCCACGGGGAACGGCGUCCUGAGCUCCCCACGGCACAAAAACGGGGACAGCCCCCCCCGGUCUGACCCCCACAUCCCUCCGUGUCCCCCACAUCCCUCCCGACCCCCGGGCAGCCCCCGGCCCCCGGAGCGGGGCCGCCUCCGCAGCGCGGCGAGCGCCGGGCGCCGGGAGCCUCCGGUUUUUUAUGAGCCUGGCACAAGCACCGGGCACCGGAACCUCGUACCGAGGCCGGGCACCGGAGCAUUGCAACGAAACCGUUCGCGGGAACCGUGCACCAAAACCUUCCACCGGAGCUUUGCCCAGGAGCCGUUCUCCGGAGCUUUACACCGGGGCCGUGCAGGGAGCGCGGGGCCGCAUUGCGGGGCCGGGCCUUGCCGGUUCCCGCACAUUCGGCGGGGCACCGGGGAAACAAAAAUCCCGACAAUUGAACGGAAAGCGCAGCUCCGCCACCGGGACCGGCACCCCCGGCACAGCCGGUCCCGGAGCAGAUGUCGGCGGCUCCCCCGCAGCCCCGCGUCCCCCUCCUCCCCUCCGCGGGGCCAUCCCCCCUUCGCCGCCGCCGCUCCGGCCGCGACCCCGGUGCCGCCGGUGGCGGAAGGGCCGCACAUGCACGGCCUCGGCCCCGCGGAGCCUCCGCCCGGCCCCUCGGUUGUCCCCGCGUCCUCCUGGGGUUUUCCGCCCGAGAAACGAGUCCCGGGAGGACGGUGGGGCCGGAGCCGUCGGAAGAGGAUCCGCGGCUCUGGGGAGAGCGGCGAGCGCCGGGGCCCGACCGGGGGCUCGGGGGCCGCUGCGGAUCCGUUCCCCGGCUCGGGCCCGACACCGGCGGCUCCGCCACCGGGCCCAGCACCCCCGCUGCGGCCCCGGCGCUCGGUGAUCCCGGGGAGAACCGGUCCCCACGACCGGGAGCGCAGUGCCUGGCGCUGCCCGGUGCCGGCGGCCGUCGGGCGGCGGCGAGCCCCGGUGGUGCUGUCGGUAAGUGAACCGACGGCCGUUAAGAAGCCCGAGCGCCCGUUCAGCACCGCCGCAGCGGACAGCUCCGCUCCGGGCACCGGCCCCGCGCUGCCAGGGCUGCACCGGGCACCGGGCAGCGCUACCGGGUACCGAGAACGGCACCGGACAUCGGCGAUCCCGGGGCUCCCAUGGGCACCGGCUCCUUCAACCGGUGCGGGAGCUUCCGGGACUCCAACGGGCGCCAGCAGCCGGCACAAACAUCGGCGCUGGCACCGGCGCUGGCACCGGGCACCGAGCCGAGGCUCCAUCGGGAAGCAGCACCGGGAACCGGCACCAGCCCCGGGACCUGACCGGCUUCCCGGGGCCGCCGCCGAGGAACCGGCCUUGGCCGCCGCCGCCGCGCAGCCUUGCCGAGGCCACCGGCACCGCGGCCCUGUGCCAGCCCCGGGCACCGAGCCCCGAGCUCCCGCUCCCAGGGGAGCGCAGCGGUGUCACCGCCGGUGGACCGAGCAGGGCCCGCCGCACCGGAUCCCGGUGCCUUUAUUGGUGAGGGGGGGACACCGCCUCCCCGGUCCCGGGGGGGACACCCGUGGGGCACGGCCGCGUUAUAUCGGCGCCGCCGCCCCGCGGGCCGCGCAUUCGGGCGGCGGGAGCGGCGCCGGCACCGCCGGGGGCGGGACGGGGGGGGCUCGGCCCGGUGCCCCCCGGUGCCCCCGGGGGCGGAAGGAAAGCGGCGAAGGCGGCGGAGUCAACAUUGAAUAUUUAUUAAUCGCCGUCGAAGGACGCUCGGUAAUUACAGCCUCGCCGCGAUCGCACCGGCGGCGGCUCGUCACGGCCGACGAGUCCUGGCGGGGCCGGGACCGGGAGCGGGCGGCGGGAUCGUCCGGCGGGGCCGGGGGGGGGCGGCCCCGGCAGGGAGGGGAGGGGGCCGGUGCAUGCAGAACGGCCGGGCCCCCGGCCCCGCGCCCCGAGCGCCGCCGCCGCCGAGCGGGCUCCGGGCGGCGGGGACGGGGACCGGGAACCGGGACCGGGGAGCGGGAUCGGCGCCCGGCGCGGGGGGGUCUUGCAUAUCGUUGGCCAUAA